AUGGCCUGGGUUUUCCCAACUCUUGUUGCUCACUAUGGAUGGAAUGACUUUUGGGGAGGCUUCUACUUCGCUUCCAUGUUUCGUCUGUUUGCAGUCCAUCACGGUACCUUCUGUGUAAACAGCUUGGCACAUUAUCUUGGUGAAGCAUCAUACGAUGACAGAAGGACACCAAGAGAUCACUUCAUAACUGCCAUACUGACUUUUGGUGAAGGAUACCACAACUUUCACCACGAAUUCCCAUCCGACUACCGAAAUGCCGUAUUAUUCUGGCAAUAUGACCCAACGAAAUGGUUGAUUACUGCUUUGUACUGGGUUGGAUUGACCUACAAUCUCAAACAAUUCCCAGAAAAUGAAAUCGUCAAGGGCAGAAUACAAAUGCAAGAGAAGAAGAUUGCUGAACUGAAAAAAAAGCUCAAUUGGGGCAAGCCACUGGAUCAACUGCCUGAGUGGGAAUGGACACAGUUCCACUCUGCCGUAGAAAAGGAAAAGCACGACUAUCUUGUGGUCGACAGGAUAGUCUACGACGUCGGGGGCUUCAUGGACGAGCAUCCCGGCGGCCGUGGUUUCCUUCGAUCGUCUAUUGGUCGAGAUGUAUCCGAAUCAUUCAAUGGGGCCAUCUACUAUCACUCCAAUGCUGCUCGAAACUUGGCUACGCAGAUAAGAAUUGCCAAAAUCGUUGGCGAUAUACCCGAAAUGGACAAGAACCACGAAGAAUAA